UUCGGCAUUGUUCAAACAAAGAAAGAAAUGGGUAGUUUUUAAAACUUGGAUGUCUUAUAAAAACAUGGAGAAGAGGUAACAAAAAUGUGUACUCUGUCAAAUAUUAAGUCAGGCAAAAAAUUAAUGACACAUUUAGCGCGGAUUAGAAAACCGCAAACAGUUAGUUAAUUUUAGCGAUCCACUGAAUGCUCAUAAUUUGAAUUAAUAAACAGAGGAAGUUAAUCCUUGAAUGCGCUGGGUGGAGUGGCACUGCAGUUAACUGGAAAUAGGUGUAGCUGUUGAGGGCAGCUGUAGCAAUUAGCGUUGCAGAUGACUUGGCUAAAGAUCCCCGGAAAUUGUUUGAAUGGAAAUAAUAAUUUUUAUUCUGAGAGAGAAGCACUUGCAAAGGUUUUACCGCCGCAGAACUUGCUGUUUCGCUCUGAAACAAAAUUAUACCGUCUUGUCUCAUAAUGUUCAGUUUCCAGGUGUGGUGUUUCCAGCAAAUCGAUGGUUAACCUGUUUCUAUCGUUCGUUAUUCAGGACCGGUCUGCUCCGAGGUGCUACAGGAAAUUAACUAAGUAGAAGAUCCGGUGCUCCAUUGGAUAACGCUAUUAUUUUAGGCGCCCACUAUCCAAUUUCCGGUUGCGAUGAAAAUUUGCUGUUGAUGAUUUAUUGCUCACAUUUCAGCGCAGUUUACAUUCAGACCCUUACCGCCUGUUAAACACGCACUCUGGUAGCAGAAGCAUGACGUUACACAACCACACCAGUAUUCUGUUAUUGGAUACCUCUAACAGCAGCGCGUAUACGUGGAGUUUUACGCCGAUCAGUGAGAUGGUCAUCUCCCCGGUGGCCGUCGUUCUAAAUGCGUACUGUCUGUUUGUUUUCUUAAUUAAGCGGGAACUCCGUACGCCGUUUAACGUAUACUUGAGAAAUCUUUUAUUUGCCAAUCUCAUCUACACCGUGUUAAAUAAUCCGCUGGGCAUCGUAGAUGCACUGUUUCACACGUGGCCGCUGGGAGCCACCGCCUGCAACGUUUAUACCUAUUCCUUAUCGGCGUUAGGCGCGCUGACUGUCAAUUCACAUGUCAUUAUUACUUUAAAUCGUUUUUGGGCGGUUACCUUCCCAGUUAACUACCGGACGCAUCAUAAUACGCGAACAUCAUUAAUGGCAGUGGCGUUGUUGUGGAUCUAUGUGCACGCGAUAUGUUUGCCGGGAAUUAUAUUAGAUGCACUUUAUUAUCGGUUAAAUUUGCUGGAAAACCGGUGCCUGUUAAACGGUGCUGCGCAGUUUACAUGGAACACUUUCGUGCAGUUUGUUUUAUACGCCGGACCUGUUUGUUUUAUCUUGCUGACCUAUCCGUUCAUAUUAUUUAAGCACACACGGCGCAAACGAAUUCGAUUUUCUCUUUCGCGGAGGGCUAGCUCAAAGGCCAUACCAACUAGUACCCCACCACAGGAAAACGAGCAGACUGUGAAUCUUCCGAAGCCGGUGUCAGAACGGAGCUAUGCCUUGACCGUGACGUCACUGCUGACGCUCAGCAUCUUAGUGUGCUGGGCGCCCAAUGUAAUCGUGUACACCGUUAACGGUUUCAUGGGGAUCGACAGCCCCGUUGUUUUCCGUGUGAUCUCCUUGCUGUUUGCCCUGCAGUCAGUUAUGGAUCCGAUUCUCUUUGCUCUGGCCAUGAAAGACUUACGCCGCGCUCUAUGCCAACCACUUCAAAUACAUCCAGGCCAAUGUCGUUGACAAAGAAGCUGAUCAAGCAAUGCGAAACUGGCUCAGGUCAAAAUUUUGUAGAAUCAUAGCUUACUGUUCCGAGCCAAAAGUGUACUAGCUAAAAAUGUAGAUGCCAUAUUUGUAGUGAUCAGAUUCUGCUGCGUGCUUUCUCUGGCAGGAAUUUUCCAGCUUCCCAUGCU